UCAGCGCAAACUGAAACCUUCCCCGGAGACAAAACGAGAACGAUCCCCGCCACAGGGGUUCGAGCUGCAGCGCACUCGCACUCAGGAUGGGCAACUGCGGCGUCAAGGCGCGUCUCCUGUCGGUGCUCGACUACAAGACGGAGAAGUACAUCGUGGCCAAAAACCACUGGGUCGGACUGUUGUACCGGCUCUUCCAGUUGUUCAUCAUCGGAUACCUCAUUGGGUGGGUCUUCAUCAGCAAGAAAGGAUACCAGGAGACGGACGAGGCCAUCCAGAGCUCCGUCAUCACCAAGCUGAAGGGCGUCUCGGUCACCAACACCUCCCAGUCUGGUUUGCUGGUCUGGGGGCCCGAGGACUACGUCAUCCCCGCCCAGGGAGAAGCCAAUCUGUUUGUGGUCACCAAUUCCCUGGAGACUCACAACCAGAAGCUGGGAUACUGUGCCGAGAGUCCCAAGGUGCCAGAGGGGCGGUGUGCAGACGACCGGGACUGUGAGCCGGGGAGGAUCCUCAUGACUGGACACGGAGUGACCAGCGGCCGCUGCGUGAGGCGCGAGGGGAAGGCGCCGGGCACCUGUGAAAUAUUCGCCUGGUGCCCAGUGGAACAGGUGUUUAAACCAAAACGGCCCCUUCUGAUCAACGCGGAGAACUUCACCAUCUACAUUAAGAACUUCAUACAGUUCCCCAAAUUCCAGUUUUCAAAGUCCAACGUCCUCGACACGUCUGAUGAAUCCUAUCUGAAGAAAUGCCGAUAUGACGAGGCGCUGCACCCGUACUGCCCCAUCUUCCGGCUGGGCGAGAUCACCAAGCGGGCGGGACACAACUUCCAGGACAUGGCCACGUUUGGCGGCUCCAUUGGCAUCAUGAUUCAGUGGGACUGUGACCUUGACAAAGGUUACUCUAACUGCCACCCAAAGUACCACUUCACUCGCCUGGACGUCAGCCCCUCCAACCACACGGUGGCCGUGGGCUUCAACUUCAGACACACCCGCUACUUCAGAGACGCAGCUGGGGAAAGUUACCGCUCUCUGUUCAAAGUCUAUGGAGUGCGAUUUAACAUCAUGGUGCAUGGAAAGGCGGGGAAAUUUAGCAUCGUACCAACAGUGAUCAAUGUCGGGUCAGGCUUGGCUUUGAUGGGCGCCGGUGCUUUCUUCUGCGACAUGGUUCUUCUGUACCUCAUCAAGAAUGGAACAUCGUAUCGGCAGAGAAAGUUUGAAUCAUCCAGACACUCGAAGCAUCAAGCGCAUGAAGAAGUGGACGGUAAAGAGACGGAGGAGCAGAUGUUUUGAACGGAAGGGAGCAGCCUCCUGCUCACACUCUCAGGCAGCAACGGCUGGUUUUCAAGUCACAGCCCAGAUUUUUGUACGUCACAGGAGCCAAACCUCCUCGUUGUUAUUGUGUGCUUUUUAUUUUGCUUUUGUACAGUAGCAGUUUCCAAUGACAAGUGAUGUGUUUCCUCCAUGAACCUUCUUGACUACCUCUCUGAUCACAGCCCUGGAUUCAUCAGACUGUGAUGGUUAGUUAUUCAGGUCCCUUUCUGAACCUGCAAGCUUGAAAUGUCAGUGGAUUCUUGAAAUAUCUGAGUCAUAUACAGGAACCUAUAAUCCAACCGUAUGUGUGUGUGUGAAGUGAUCGGAGCUGCUGUCUCAUCUGUGACCUCUCUUAUGUACUUGUUACGCCUCGACCCACAUUUCCUCUGUCAAACCAACCUCAGUAAAUACAUACACAACUCCGCCUGCUCUUUAGCCAAAUGAUAUCUUUGUCUGAAGAGUAUUGUUCGUGUACCAGAAGCUGAUUGGGUGACAUCUCGACAGACAUCACCAACAACAGUGAUGCUGGCUUUUAGAAGAA